AUGGCCGCCACGCCCACCCCGGAGGAGGGCAAGUACAAGGACAUCCCGUCCAUCCUCCCGCUCGCGCCCGGGGGAGUGUACGCGGUGAAGUGGGAGCAGCGAGAGAAGUGGGCGCAGUGCAUCGAGACCCCGGAGGUCCCGUACACGCCCCCGCUGGGCGAACCCAACCCGGACAACCCCCUGUGCUUCUUCGAGGUUCGAUCGGGCGGGUACUACCUCGGCCGCGUCGUGUUCGAGCUCAAGGCGGACACGCACCCGAUCACCGCCGAGAACUUUCUCAAGCUCUGCGAGUACCGCUGCUACGCGGGCACGAUGUUCAAGGUGUUCCCGGGGAACUGGAUCCGCGGCGGCGACUUCACCGAGCUCGACGACAUCUUGUACGACGCCAACGACCCGGACUUCUUCGACUUCGCCUCCCUCCUCCCCGACGCCGCGCCGGGCGGGCAGUCCAUCUACGUCACCGAUGCCGGACCGUACUUUGACGACGAAAACAUCGACGCGUACACGCACGACGGUCCGGGCGUGCUCACGAUGUACAACCCGGGCGCCCAAAACUGCAACGGCAGCCAGUUCAUGAUCACGUUUCCCAGGGUCGAACCCGAGGUGCUCGACGGCUCGCACGUCGCGUUCGGUCAGGUUGUGGAGGGGUGGAACGUACUCGCCGCGUUGGAGCAGCUCGGCGACGCGAGGCAGGAGGGUCUGACGUUCCAGCGGAUCACCGUGGAGCAGUGCGGGGUGGUGAGGCACGGGCGUGGCGCGACGGGGGGCGGCGUGGCGGCGUCCAUGUCCGUGGAGGCGUCCGCGUCCGCGUCGGUGAGGCGCCGGGCGCGCGGAGUAAGGAGGGUCACGAGCGGAGGCAAGAAAACUCCCUCCAAAGCGGCAAAGUUCGGGGCGGGUCGCGCGCUCGCCGCGAGGUUCGCGUACGCGUGAGUAGCACACGCGCGCAGUAGACGCACGCAUCGCAGCGCUCAAGAGGGUUCUCUUGACUCUUCAUUCAUUCAUUCAUUCGUUCAUUC